AUGAAAUUUCAUCUGGCCACUGGCCUGGUCUUUUUUCUCGCAACUGCUGAGGCUGUAGGAGCUUCCAGCUGGUGGAGCAAAGCUGUAUACAAUAAAUGGCAUGAGACGGAACUUGAGCGAUGGCUCUCUGAUCAUGAUAUCCCUCAUCCUAGUCCCGCUGACCGUAGGGAUCUGGAGACUUUGGUCAAGUCCAACUGGGAUACCAAGGUUCAGAAACCUCUGGGCAAUGCUGCUGGGCAUAUCUCAGAUGAGCUGCAAAGUGCCAAAGAAUGGGUUUUUGAUAGCUGGUCUGACUCCCAGCUCAAGGCAUUCCUCGAUCGCCACGGAAUUCCAGCCCCUCAACCUCGCAAGCGCGAUGUCCUCAUCCGGACUGCCCGUGAAAAUUACGAAGCUAUCGCAAAGAAAGUCGGCGAGACAGCCGCUUACCCCGGUAACUGGUUGUACGAGCAAUGGUCCGAUUCUGAUAUCAAGGAAUGGCUCGACGAGCGUGGAUGGGCUGUUCCCCAGCCCACAACUCGGGACAAGUUGAUUGCGUCUCUCCGUCGCAAUUCUCGGAUUGCUAGUCUUCAAGCACGUGUUAUCGCUGCGUCCGCCGUUGCAUCCGCCGAAGCCGCAAAGGCCUCGCUGAGUGAGGAACUCUUCAAUGCUUGGUCUGAUUCCAAGCUGAAGGAGUUCCUUGAUGAACACAAUGUGCGCGUUCCACAAGGAUCAAAGCGUAAUGAGCUUAUCGCUCUUUCUCGCAAGCACCGUGCUUAUCUUUUGGAUCAAGCUGCUAGUGCGUCUUCUGCUGCCUCGGAAGCAUUUGGCGCUGCUACUACCAAGGCUGGAAACGAGUAUGCGCGUGCUACUGAGAAUGUGAAAUUGAAGACCGAUGAUGAAUUCCAGGCUGCUAUUCAGACCUGGUCAGACUCUCGCCUCAAGGCUUUCUUGGAUGCUCGUAGUGUCCCCGUCCCUCAGCCUAGCAAGCGCGAUGAGCUUAUUGCUUUUGUACGUGCUAAUGCACACAAGGCAGCUACUGGAUGGAACGAGUACAACUUUGAUACUUGGGAUACGGAGCAUCUAUUUAAAUAUCUCUCUGCAUUGAACUGCAAGGCAGCAGAGAAGGCUGAUGCAUCUCGUGAGGAGCUGGUCGAGCAUGCUAAAGCCGGCUACGCCAAAGCCUCUAAGGCCGGUGGCGAGCAAUACGCAUCUGCUGCUGCUGCCGCCGCCCAAGCUACCGGCUCUGCCAAAGAUACUACUUUUGAUCAGUGGUCACACUCAGAUCUGAAGAAGUACCUUGACUCUUAUGGUAUCCCAGUGUACCAAGGGUCAAGUAUCAAUGAGCUGCGCGCUGCAGCUCGUCGGCAAACCACGUACUUCAAGUACGGUACCAACAACCCCCAGGAUACUAUUUAUGCGAAGAUUGUCGACACUUUGCAGUGGGCCUUGGAGCAAUUGAAGAUCGGAGCUUCCAGCGGUCGGGCACAGGGCCAGGAAGCAGCCGAGAAGGUCCGUGAGAAGGUCUCUGAGAAGACUCAAAGCCUCCGCGCUGAACUGUAA